AUGCCCGCGCUCAGGGUGGUGCUCUCACUGUGCUUGGUCGCCUUGGUAGCGACGACGUGCUGCUCGCAGGUGACGCAGGAUGUGGAGAUGAAUCCUCAUCCGCUGGUGUUUGUGUCCAAGACGACCUCGAGCGACGACAUCGUCCUUGGCACCUCCCUCGAGGUUUCAGUCACAGUGACGAACUACGGUCAGAGUCCUGCCUUCGAUGUGCAGAUAUCUGACCAUCUGGAGGACGGCUCGCUGCAGAGCAAGUUCAUCGCCUCCCUCCCCUACGGCGCGUCAGAGACGCUGCGCUACACAGUGACCCCCAGUGCACUGGGUAACUACGCCGUUUCCGUCGCUGAGGUGACGUACAACGUUGAGCAGGGCAAUGCUGCGACGUCCCGCAAGGCUCUCAGUAACAUGAUCCGCGAGAGUGAGGCGUAUUACUACGGCGAUGGUGUCGACGACGAGAGCUUCCGAGGCUUCAUCUCUGUUUUCACACGCGACCGCUAUGAACGCCUGCACGCGCGCUACAUUAAGGAAUCGACAGCCUACCUCUUUCUAGGCGCAAUCCCAGCGCUGUUUCCCUACGUGCUGUACCGCGUAAAGCAGAGCGAGGUGGACUCGCUGCUCCGUCAGCGCAAGGCCAACAAGUAG